CUGGUGAUGAUUUUCUCUUGUUUGAGUCUUUUUUCAUCAGUUUGUUUGUCACUUUUCCUCAGCCUUGAAGUCAUCACUUUUUGAGCUGUUCUUCAUUUUCACAGUAGUUCUGAGGUACUUUCAUCACACUAUUCGAAGUCACAAGGCACUUUCACAGUCUUUAACGUUCUUUCAUCGCAUUUAAAGUUCCCUGAUCCCUGCCCCAGCAUAGCAUGAACUCGCUUAAGGCACUCGGAAACGAGUUUGACAUCUGCGUGCUCGGAAACGCUUCUACUGGCAAGUCGUCUCUCAUUCUCCAUUUUCUUCAUAAUGCCUUCAUUGAACAGGAGUCGUCGUUGGAAGACCUCUACAUCAAAGAUAUCCGCAAUGGCCAUAUCUAUAACCAGGUCAGCGUGCUAGACACAUCGUCGUCCAUCGACAGCUACUCAUCCUCGAGGAAACAGCAGAUCCUCAACACUGCCUCCAUCAUAUACGUUUAUUCCAUCGACGACUACGAGUCGUUCGUGGGCAUUGUCGAGCUCCACGAGCGUAUCCAGACCUUGCGGCCAUCCCUUCCUCCAAUCAUCGUGGUGGGCACCAAAGCUGACUUGGAACAACGUCAGGUGUCGUCCGACGAGGCCCAGCAGUGGGCAGAGUCCAUUGGAGCAUUGAACUUCUCAGAGUGCUCCUCCAAACGAGGUGUGGGUAUCGACGAGGCCUUCGAUCCUCUUAUCCAGUACUUGCUCGUGUCCAAACGCGAGAAGGUAAGACAGCAGUCGAUAAUAUCGUUGGGCCAGAUUCAGCGGGAAUUAGUGCUGAAUCCCCAGACCCCAGACACCUACGAGACGGCUUCGUUUACUGGCGACGACGUACUCGUCAAUAAGGUGCUGGAAGAGGUGGCCAAAGAAACGCCUGCCAGGGUACACCAGCAGCGCAAGAGGGAAGCACACACGAAGGGAGACAAGUGCUGUGUGAUUGUUUAAUUAUUUAUUAUAGAGUUAUAGAGCCUGAGGGCAUUAAUGGUACUUAGAAUGGAUUGCAAUGCGUAGAUUU